GGCGCGACCUUGAAAAUCGAAGAUCGAGAGUAUCCCCGCCGUUGGUGGUGAUGCAUGAUGAUGGUGGUGGUGGUGGUCUCCCACCGUGGCCAAGUGUAAUUGCACGUGUGUGUACACCAUAUCGCGAGUCCUGUCCCCUACUUCCUUCACUUAGACGCACGGAAGGAAGGCCCGAUCCUUGGACACUUUCUUAUAAAUGUACGUUGGUCACCGGCUCGCGCCUCAUUUGACGCUCCACCCUCCUGCACGCGGAGGGAUCGAUCCGCGGGACCGUUCCGUUCUCUCGUUACUUGGUUCCUCCGGUUCUCCCUUCGUCGUCGCGCGUCACGCGGCCGAUUCAGUGCCGAGAAGUGGAUUUCUUCCGAUCCUUUCUAAAGUUCGAGGAUCUCGGCCGCGGUCUUACUCGUUAAAGGAUAUACUCGUCAAGCAAUUGAAGCAAUGUUUCGCUCGGUCAUGCAAAAAUUGUCAUUUCUCUACAAGCCUUACGCAUUGGCUAUAGUGUCGCUCGGCUAUGUUCUGGCAGAAUUGGGUCACUUUCUGAUAGGUGUGACGAGCAAAGCGAUCGCCGAGGUCCUGCACUACGGCGACAUAGCCUGCCAAUUUAAUUCGACAACGCUGACGGUGGCCGAGCUUCCGGUGAAAUGCGAAGUCGCGAAGAAUUCCACGCACUGUGAAUCCCUGGAACUGAAUGGAUCUUAUUACUGCGAGUGGAAUUACAAUGGCCUCGGUAUGGACUAUCAAAUCUUGGCGGGGCCCAGCUUCAUCGCGGUUUACACGAUCGUGGGUAUCAUCUUGGGCGUCGCGGCUGAUAGAUACAACAGAGUGAGGAUGUUGACGGUCUGCACUCUGGUAUUUGGCAUCGCGAUCAUCCUGAGCGGGGCUGUGAUGGAAUACUGGCAGCUCGUUAUUUUGCGAAUGGUCCACGCGGCGGGGGAGGCGGGAUGUAAUCCGCUGGCGACUGGUCUUCUGUCAGACUGGUUCCCGGAAAAGCAGCGGGGCCUCGUCAUGUCCAUUUUUAAUUGGGGCAUUUACGGCGGUUACGGCAUCGCUUUUCCGAUCGGUCGCUAUGUGCCUGAACUGAAUGCCUGGGAUCUGGGCUGGAGGGUCUGUUAUUAUGGAGCCGGAGUGAUCAGCUUAAUCAUCGCCGCCCUCACCGGUCUGACGCUGACCGAGCCGGAAAGAAAGGUGGUCGGCGAGGAAUCGACCAACAACGACGGGGAACAAGUGUCGGUUUGGAAAGUGCUACUACAACCACGCAUUGUUCUCUUAUGCCUCGCCGCCAGCAUCAGACAUUGCGGCGGCCUGUGCUUCGCUUACAAUUGCGACCUGUACUACAGAGACUACUUUCCGGAUUACGAUCUCGGCUGGUGGCUUUUCGCUGUUACGAUCGUUAUCGGUAGUAUCGGCGUCGUGGUCGGUGGAUUAGUUAGCGACAAGUUCGUGGCGAAAAUGGGGAUUCGUUCGCGUGUAGCGUGUUUGGCGAUCAGCCAGUUAAUCGCGACGCCGUUCGCAUUCGGCUCGGUAUACUUCAAUCCUCUUUGGGCUAUGAUCACGCUGGCGAUCUCCUAUUUCUUCGCCGAAAUGUGGUUCGGAAUAGUGUUCGCCGUCGUGGUGGAGAUCGUUCCUCUGAAGCUGCGAUCGACCACCGUCGGCGUUUUCCUGUUCGUCAUGAAUAACAUCGGUGGAAAUUUACCGAUUCUCGUCGAGCCUACCAGAAUGUCCAUCGGUUUCCGGGAAUCGUUGUAUAUCUAUUACGCUGGCGCUUACGGCAUCAGUUCCAUUAUGUUCUUCUUGACCAUGUUCCUAAUGGGCAGUCCCGCGGAGGUGGAGAGAAAAGUGGACAAGGAAGCACCGCCGGCAUACGACAAUAGCACAUUCACUAACGACGAUGGCCAAUUGCCAACGUUGGAGUUGCCGACGUUUCCGGCGCGGCCGCCGAUCUACGAACGUUCUCGGUUAUGAGCCGGGAGAGGCUCUUGCUCUAAAGAGAGUAAUGUAAAUAGUGUCUCGAGCUCUCAAGCUAUAUUGGCAGGCACGAAUCGCGUAGCUAAGGAUUGGCAGCGUUAACCCAUUAACGUCAUUCGAAGAUUUGUUACAACAAGAUUGUUCCACGCCGCCGACGAUUGAUAAAUUGAAAUCGAUACAAUUGAUAUGUUUUCAUUUACGGUGGAAGAAUACCAGACGUAUUUGUGAGAUAUUUUUUUACGUCUUUCGUCGAUCGGACGUUAAUGGGUUAAAGUUCCUCAUGCCGAGCCCGAGACUUGCGAAAUUGUGCGAGGGCGCGAUUUACCAAGCGACAACUGCGAUAAUUAAAACCUCUGUUUUGUUUGAGCGCGACGCGUUGAAAAACAUUCACGUGCGCACGGCAGAUUACGUAAGGCUCUUGAUAAAGAAGUUUACGAAAAGCUUGAUAAACUCCGAGAAUCCUCAAGAUGCGUUCUGCGUUCUUAAAAUGGAAAUCUGUAACGGAGAGUGUGCAGCAGGUGUAAUUUUUGUAGAAAAAUAAAGAUCUUAGUAUCUACUGAAAGGAGA